GGGUGUUACACUUGCGCACGUUCUAGCAGCAACCCCCAUGGCAUCGCGACGACCAUCCACGGCGUGAACCCCGAAAACGCGCCGAGCACGCCAUCACGACGGCGCAAGGAUCGGCGCGAGGAGCGGCACACACACGAGCGGCAUGACGAGGAACGGCGAAGCAAAGGCCACGAGUACGAGGACGAGUCUGACCAGCGAUCGCAGGCAUCCAAUUAUCGAGAGCGGCCAAGGUCCGACAAGCCCAAGUUUGUGAUGUCCACAUUCAAGGGUAGUGAUCCGGAGGCUUGGCUCAACCGAAUUGCGCAAUAUAUCGAACUCAACGAAACCGAAGGCCAUGAUCGAGUAAGGUACGCAGCAUUCUAUAUGGAUGGUGAGGCCAAUGUAUGGUGGCAAUGGCUCUCCGGGAUCUACCAUAAGCGGCAACAGAUCAUUACAUGGGCUGACUUUGAGAGGGAAUUGCUCACACGCUUUGGUACGUCCGAUUACCAUAACUACAAUGAGGCUCUCGCUCGAAUACGCCAGACAGACAACUUGCGCGAAUACAUCAAGGAGUUUGAACGCCUUGCCUGCUGCGUACGAGAUUGGUCCGAGGAUGCACUAAAGAAGAAGGUCGAGGCGGCCUCUAAAUCUCCCGCUCAGUCUGUCCCUUCCCAGGAGCCUGAGAAAGGUUCGGGAUCGGACGCUCUCGCUACAGUGGUCGAGACGACUGCUGCUAAGAGGUCUAAGGUGGUGCUCCCCUCGGCUUCCAAGUCGACACCGCAGUCGGGUCCUCAUUCACGCAAAAGGACUCAAGACGAGAGGGACAUAACUCCGGUUCGGGACUCCCUGAAACGCCUAAAAAGGAAGGAACCGAUAUCCGAGGGGAAUGCUGCACCACCGUCCCUAGUGGAGAUACGGUCGGUGACUCUGCAGCAACCCUCUUGUCUUUAUGACAACCCUGAUCCCCUUCAGAUUCAUAACUAUCUCCAGUCGAUCCUACCAGAGGACGACAGGGCCCGAACCGACGCCUCGGGACGAAAGAUAAUGACCUCAGCUAAAGCCUCAGAUCUUAGCCUUUCCAUCGGUGGUCGAGUAUUGACUGCCGACGCGUUUGUUUUCGAGAUGAAGGAUUUCGAUCUUAUUCUCGGGAUGGAUUGGCUAUCUUUCUAUCAUGCUGAUAUCAGGUGUCACGACCGGGAGAUUACUCUCUAUCUGCCGGGAGACGAAUCGAUUACUUUCUUCGGCUCCAGGAAUCGUUCACUGCCUCAGGUGGUUUCGAUGGCGAAAGCCACUAAGCUAUUGCGACGAGGCAACUGCCAGGGUUACCUGGUGAGCCUUGUUGAUGAUUCUCAGAAAGCGCGAACACCUCAUGAUGUUCCAAUCGUUCGCGAGUUUGUGGACGUAUUCCCAGACGAGCUUCAAGGAGGACCGCCCAACCGUCAGGUGGAGUUUUCUAUCGAUCUCAUGCCAGGGGCUGGUCCAGUAUCAAAAGCCCCAUAUCGCAUGGCGCCUAAAGAGUUGCAGGAGCUUAAGACUCAGAUUCAGGAGCUGUUACGACUCGGUUUCAUCCGACCGAGCAUGUCACCUUGGGGAGCACCCGUUCUCUUUGUUAAGAAGAAGGACGGAUCUAUACGAAUGUGUAUCGACUACCGGGAUCUAAACCGGUUGAUGAUCAAGAAUAAGUACCUUCUUCCCAGGAUCGACGACUUAUUUGAUCAGCUGAGGGGAGCCUGUGUGUUCUCGAAGAUUGACUUACAAUCAGGCUACCAUCAGCUGAAGAUUAAGGAGUCAGAUAUCGCUAAGACCGCUUUCAGGACUCGUUACGGCCUUUACGAGUUCGUUGUCAUGCCUUUCGGUCUCAGCAAUGCGCCAGCUGUUUUCAGUGACCUCAUGAACCGUAUCUUUCACCCCUACCUCGAUAUUUUCGUUAUCGUCUUUAUUGACGAUAUCCUUAUCUACUCGAAGAGCCAGAAGGAGCACGAGGAGCAUCUGAGAGUGGUUCUUGAAACUCUCAGACGAGAAAAGUUGUACGCCAAAUUCUCCAAAUGUGAGUUCUGGCUUCAGCAAGUAUCCUUUCUGGGUCAUGUGAUUACUCAGGCAGGCAUCGAGGUGGAUCCUUCUAAGGUUUCAGCCGUUCAGAACUGGUCGACACCGAGGAGUCCGUCCGAGGUUCGCAGUUUUCUCGGGUUAGCUGGUUACUAUCGCAGGUUCAUCGAGGGCUUUUUCAAGAUUGCCCUCCCUCUUUCGCAGCUGACGAGGAAGUCUGUGAA